AGGUGGUGGGGAUAAACCCAAAGACCAUUCUUUCCGAGAAAAAAUCACGGCAUUUCAUCUGGGAUUGUAAAUAGAGGAACAUUGGUUCGUGAGUUGGCACUCCAAAUAAUAACAUUCGACAAAUUUUUGUAGAUGACAAAAAUUUAAUUAAAAUCACAACAGAAUUUUUGAUUGUGUUGAUCAUUUCAUAAAACGUGUUGUCCAUUGUGGCACUUGCUUCUACCCUUCUACCAAGAGGAUAAAGCCACCAGGAUUAGAAGAAGACGAAGAGUCACGGCAUUAAAAAUGUCAAAAUUUACAGUAUUCUGUUUAUUACUCGGCGUUUACUCAAUUUUAUUAAUUUCUCAAUGCGCAUCGGAGAAUAAGUACUCGGCGGACGCCAAUAAAGCCACGAAGCCUAAUAAGAAUGCGAAGAAAGUCCCGAUAAUCGCAGACGGAGAAAUUCCAGUUCCAACCUCAAUACGAGAGCUUGACAAACCGUACAGAAUGGCCAAACUCAAUUUAUUAUGGACUAAGGCUAAACACCGUUUGACGGAUCCGAAACUUCAGUCAUUGUUCAGUGAGUUGAAGCUCCACGACAAAGCAGAGGUGGCUUAUAAACAUUAUAGGGCUGAUGGGAAAGAUGAGGAAGGACUAGAGGAAGCUCGACUGAGGAAAAAGUUGAUUGGUAUAAUGAGUACUUACGGCUUAUUGGAACACUUUGCCGCCACCGAUGACCCAGAAUUACUUAAACACCACAAAGCCCUCAAUGACGGGAGUAAUUACGCUGCCAAAGAAGUGUUUGAAGAUAAACGGCUCAACCAACUGUGGGCCAAAGCGGAAAAAGCUGGAUUUACACAUGAAGAGCUUGAGGCUCUGAAAGAAGAAUUCGUUCAUCAUCAAGAAAAAGUUGACGAAUACAUGAGUCUGUUGAAAGAUGUCGAGGGCCCAGAUCCAGAAGCCUAUAAAAAUAGCGUGGAUGAGGAGCACGAAAGUUGGAACGAAAUUGACCACAAAGAGGAAGAAUCGAAUUCAGUAUACCCCAAAAAGGUUGAUUACAUCGCCACAGCAAACUUACUCAGAGAAAAACACAUCGAAAUAAAGAGUGGAUACGAUAAUCUUGAUAGGCUGACUGCGCAGGGCAAAAAUCAUCAGGAAUUUGUGGAACCGAAAGUUCAGGGCUUAUGGAGAAUCGCAAAAAAAGCACAAUUCACCAAAGAUGAACUCGCUUCAUUAAAGGAGGAACUUCGUCACUAUGAAACUAGAUUAUUGAAGCUGCGUCAUUUACAUACAGAGGCAGCUCUAGAGGCAGCCCGAAAUGGAAAAGACUACGAUGCUGAUAACUCAACAAAACAGAAUAUAAAGAAACACGCACGAACUGUUGAAAAAUUGCACGCCGAUAUCGAGUCAAGGAUUCUCGAACGCCAUACAGAAUUGUAGUCUUAGAUUUUUAUGUGAUAUCAUGUAAAAGAGAAAGUUUAUCAUUUUAUAUCUAUGGAAAAAAAUUAUUAAAUAUUUUGAGAUAUUUUACGAUUGCAUUAAGUUAAA